UCAACACUAAUGAAGAAGUUGGUACAAACCUUCUAAAUACGCCUGAUAGACAGGCGACACCUUGCCAGUGCUUCCUCCCCUGCGGUAUAGUACUCGGGACACUUGCUUUGGUAUUCCAGGAAAGGCCUGACAGUACAGAUGCAAUUAAUGUUGUCACGGUGUCGCCACAAGCAAAUGAGUUGCAGCAUACAUAUCCAACCGCAGCCUUCUCCUCUCACUCGCAGAUGCAGGCGGGAGACUUAUGACAAAAUCGUUCUGCCACGCCAUGCUUUGAUGAAUGAAAACACGGAGGCACUCAUUCAUCAUUUCAAGCUCUUCAACCAAGGCCGUUCAAUGCCGCCAGAGACUUAUAGUUCCAUCGAGGCUCCCAAAGGAGAGAUAUCUGUAUACCUCGUCUCGGAUGCAACCAAUCGCCCAUACCGAUGCAAAAUCCGUGCUCCCGGCUUUACCCUCCUUACAGGUUCAGAGUUCAUGACGAGACAUAUAAUAUCGACAAAUUCAUGUACCCUAUGGUUUCAUUCUUCAUGCCGCUUAUCGUUGUUUUCGAGGAUCUUGUUUGGGCAUAUUAAUUUAGUGACGUCCACCGCCGACAAAACUUUGAUGUACUGAUAUCAUGGUUCUGCUAACACGUUGUGAUAUCAUGCGUCCACACUGAUGAUUACCGAAAUAAUAAUAUUGCAUCAUGUGACAGAGCGUUUGACCCACGGUUUUAAGGAUGCACUUGAUGCGCAUUCUCGAUCUAUUCUCCCAGCAUUGCAUAUAGUCUUCACCCUCAUAGCCUGAUUUCUGC